AUGACUACAACAUCAAACAGUGAGCCACGGGUCGGCGUAGCUGCCGUUAUACGAGGCCCAGAUGGACGUGUCGUGUUUGGGCGCCGAAAGUCGAGCCACGGUGCAGGGCAAUGGGCCUUCCCUGGUGGACAUCUCGAGUACGGCGAAGAGUUCGCAGAAUGUGCUGAGCGGGAGACAUUGGAGGAGACCGGUCUAAGGGUGAAGGGUGGCAAGGUUGCUCAUGUAACCAAUGCCGUGUUCUCGGAUCUCGGAAAGCACUACAUCACCAUUUUUGUCCUCUGCGAGAUGCUUGACCCCAGCGCACAACCCGCGCUUCUUGAGCCCGACAAGUGCGAGGAAUGGGUUUGGAAAACCUUUGAAGAGAUCAAGCAAGCGAGUUCCGAGGAGCUUUUCCUUCCCAUCCAGAACCUGCUGAAGCAGACGCCAAACUUUGACCUCUUUCUAAACCCAGAUGCCUAG